CUGGUGAUUGGUGGACAAGUGUGUAUACAGUCAGGGAGGGAAGCGGCUGGCUCUCAGUGUUCAGUCUCGCACUACAGGGGACGGACGCAGUUACGAGUGUGUCAGGGAAGCGAGGAGGUGAUACCCGACACACGAUGAGCAGCAGUGUACUACUAAUGGUGAUGGUGAUUGGGGUUGCCUAGGGUAUGGGUGUUCCUCUUGACGAGCACGGAGCAAACAAGACGAAGGUAGAGUUGGAAAGGUUGCGGACAGACGUCCCCUUGGCUAGAUCAGACUCCACAGUCGGCAACGUCGUCUACAGUGUGGCUGGCUUCCUACUCGGUGGUGUGCUGCUCUUCGUGUCGUUGUUCGAUCCCACUAGAAAACCGGUCAUAAAGUUCUUCGACCAUGCCUUUGGUGAGAGAUCAGUGAGGCGGCGGCGUGAAGUUGGGACUGGCCUCGAGUCGCAUGUUGCUGCGGCUUUUGACGCCUUCACUGCUGCUCUCGACAAGAUGGAAGUGAUUGCCAAGAUGAAUAUGUGAAUUAUCUUUAAUGGUUUUGUGAAUGUUAGCACACUUGUACACUAGUCGUGUAAGAAUAAAGGGAUCAUAAAU